AUGUCAAUGGAGUCUGCUGGAUCUAAACAACCUUGCUUUACCAAAAGCAUGCUAUUGGAAUUCCUACUGCCAUCAAUAGAAAAUCAUUUCCAAGAGGAGACAAGAAGCUGGCUAACAAAUUUGUAUGGAAAUACCUGAUAAGUUAAUUAUUAUAAAAAAUUUAAAUCAGUUGUGCUGCUUAUAUUUUUCUGGUCUGAAAGUAUUUAGUUAUAUCAUUUAGCCAAUAUUGCCUUUUAUUAUAAAAUGAAAAGAAAUCCCUGAAUAAGCUUUAUUUUUUUCUCAGUGCUUUCAGCAAGCUUAUGGCACUUUUGAAAUGAAACAAUUGCCCUCUCUGUCAUUUCUCUGGUUCCUUUUUUUGAGCAUAAAAAUCUCAAUGUCCAUUUCAAACGUUUAAUAGCAGAAUUUGCUUGCAUUCAAUUUCAUAUAAGAAAUAUAGAGACAAGCAAUUUAUGUGAAAAUAUUGGAGUGUUUUUCCCCUGCUUUUGCUUGACUUUUUUGUGUAUCAAGCAAUGAAAAUAUACCUUAUUUUAUAGUGUUUUUGAAGCCAUUGUUGUUUUCUGCUAUACUGGACAAAAUAUUUAUGGAAUGAUAUUCACGACUAUUUUUUAUACCAUAAUUAGUGCUAUUUUUGAAAAGGAUUUCAGAGAUAUUUGAACUCUAUACGCAAUUACCAAAAAUAAAGCUGAGGAGCUUAAAAUAGUGCUGGAUACCUCUCAUUCAGCUAUUUAUGUCCUCGACAAAGAAGGAAAUAUCAACUACUAUAACGCUAAAGCUUUAUCAAUUGCCAAAAUGAAUGGAAAAUCCUCAGAUUUUCUUCAAUUUUGCAAAUUCCAGGAUAUUUUUGAUGAAGAUUUUUCCUCGUGGGCAAAAAGCACAUUUACUAAAUCCCUAAAACAAGACAUUGGGAAUGAGGAAUUUAUGGUAUUUAAAAAUAUAACUGAUAUAAAUCCUGAAGGGAUACAAAAUAUAGGAUUUGAUGUUAGGACUGAUUCUGUGAAAUGGGAUAAUAAAGAAAGCAUUAGGGUUGCUUUUAUUGAUGUCUCUUUGGGGGUUUUAAAUAGACUUCUGCUUAUAAGAAGCUACAAAUCGCUUGAAAUUCUGGUAGAUCAGCUUUUGAAAAAAUUAUUGAAAAUUUUUAGGAAAGAACAGCUUUAUAAUACAAAAGUUUUUGCAGGGAUCAAUUUAUUGAAGACUGAGCUGAAAGGCUUGCUUUUGUUCCAGGGUUACUAUUUGCGUAAAGUAGAAUUCAAAAGCGAUUUUUUUGACUUUUUUGUCGAAAUUCACAAUGUAAUAGAAAUGCUUUUUCAUAGAGCUUCCCAAAAGCAAAUCUCAAUUUCCCUCAUCCGCUCAAGCGAAUACCCUACAAGUCUAUUUGGUGACAAUACACUCUAUUCUUUUCUCUUAAACGCAUUACUUCGUUUCUUACUCGAAAAAUCCGACAAUGCUUCAGAACUGACAAUUUCAAUCGUCCCUAAAUUUGUCAAUAAAAAUGAAUAUCUCCUUGAGCAUUAUAUUGAAUUUUCUUCUCAUUCCACAUCUCAAGAAGAAUUAGACGAUAUUUUUCAAAUAAAAAAAGAAACUGCAAAAAGGAAAAGUUUGGUGGAUAUGAUGAGAAUUAUGAAGGAAAAUGGAACUUGCUUAUACGUUUUCAGCUGAUUUUUUUAUUAAUUUAUAGGCUAUUUAUAAGAUUUUUAAAAUAAAUAGGCAGAGUUUAAUAUUUAUUAAUGAGUUUUUUUAUAGUUUAUGGAUUAUUUAUGUUUGAUCCGCUAAUAUGUUUAUUAAGGGGUUAUACUAAUUUUACUUUUAGUAAAGACGACAAUACUGGAUUAUUUAAUUUGUUUAUACCUUUUACAGCGUCAGAAAAAGAGCUGGACACCAAGAAAAUUGAUAUAACCCACCAGUGUUUUAUUGAAAAUGAAAAUUACUCAAAAUGGUAUAUUUUUUAA